CCUGCGAGCAAACGAUUCGCAUCAUACCGCAGUUACACCUUUGACUACACGCAUCGCUGGGAUUUUGACACUGGUCAAAUUUAACCAUGGAUUCAAAGAAAACCGCAAUCGCCAUUGCGCUGUUCUGCGUUUUAGCGACCGCUGCGGAACCUCCGGUACCACAAGGCAUCAGAGCCUCCAAUGUCCUUGGAGGUUCAGGACAACACGCAUCCUUCAGUUUCGUGAGGCCCGGACUCACCCAGACCUCGUACUCCUUCAACGGGCCCAGUUCUCAUCAGGCUUUCAGUUCCAGCAUCGGCAAUCCUCACCUCGCCCAAAAAGUGCUGCCCAAUGUGGCCCAAGCCUUGGCCUACAGGAACCCUGGACUAGGCUACUUUUCGAAUGGCCCGAUAACCACUGCAUACGCUUCGUCUGGAGUACAGGCCACACCUGGAGGUCAUCCUUCGGCUCUCGGAACGCAAAUAGCUUACCAAGGAGCACCGACUCCUGAUCAAUCCGAGGCUGCUGCCCUUCGGGCCUACCUUCAGCAACAGUACCAGCAACAGUACCAGCAGCAACUUCAGCAGCAAUACUUGCAGGCCCAACAACAUCAGCCCCAGACUUCUCAAGCUGCACCGCAAGCACAGCCAGACGCUGUGGCUUAUCAAGCUCAACUUGCACAAAUCCAUGCGCUUAGACAGGCGCAGGCGCAAGCUCAGGCCGCUCAAUCUUCCGAGCAAUUACAACAGAUUCCCGAACAAAUACAACUGCAACAGCAGGAACAACAACAACAACAACAGACUCAGAAUUUACUCGGCGUUGCUUAUUCGUCAGCUCCUUCGGUCGCUCACGUGAAAGUGAGCGGAAAUGGAUACAAUUUUGACUUUUAACUAGCGUGCGUCUAUUACGUGAAUAGUAUCGGAUUUUUUGUAUAUAUAGUACAUAAAUGAGCCAAAUUGAUUUAUACCUUAAAUCAUUGUUAUAAUACUUUUUACACGUUGCAUAGUUUUAUCAAUUAACGUCUCACUCGACACUAUUUAUUCCUUUAUUAUCGUCCGC